AUGAGCACCCUCAAGUCUACCUUAUCUUGGCUACUUCCUUUUGGUUCUUCAGCCGGAUCGACAACCACCACCCUGAAUAUCGCCCAUUUCAACGACGUGUACCAGGUUUCAGAACAUAAAGUCAAUGGGGAAGCCAUCGAUGUCACCAAGUUUGCUACCUUGCUGGAGGGUAUCACGACCAAAUGGAAGAAUAGGGAGGAUGGGAAGAAGGAUGGCCUGAUAGUCUUCUCAGGAGACCUGUUUUCUCCGUCCAUCGAGAGUUCGAUUACAAAGGGAAAGCAUAUGCUUCCGAUUAUCAAUGCUAUGAACGUCGAUAUCGCUGUUGUCGGCAAUCAUGAAUUCGACUUUGGCUACCCUGAGCUCACAGCACUGUUGGGGACAUCAGCGUUUCCCUGGCUCCUCAGUAACAUCAUUGAUACCAAUACCGGGAAGGUUCCUGAACCGCUGCGAGAGUUCCACGUUCUCGAGAGGGCGGGUGUUCGUAUUGGCCUCAUUGGUUUAGUUGAAGAGGACUGGAUCCCCACCAUCGUUGGAUGGCCGGAGAACUUUGAAUUCAAGGAUAUGGCAGAGGUGGCUAGGUCCUUAUCCGUCAAGCUUCGAGACCCUGCUGGAGAGUACAAAUGCGACAUCAUUAUUGCUCUCACCCAUUCUCGCAUUGCAAACGAUAUCACUUUGGCCAAGGAAGUGUUCGCCCUCUCACCGACGGCUCAAGCGUCCAAGGAUAUCUCCACGGAACAUGGCGUUGAUCUUCUCUUGGGAGGCCACGACCACAUCUAUUGGAUCUCAAAGGGUGUGACUGAAUGGAAUGGAUAUGAUGUGAACAUUCCGCUCGAGGAUGCGCAGGAAGACCUCGGUGAUGUUUUGGUGGUGAAGAGUGGCACUGAUUUCCAGGAUUUGACGGACAUUGUCUUGACGCUUCGGGAUGCGCCGCCUGAAAGUGUCAGGAGGAAGAUCAUACAGGAGAUUCGAGGAAAGCGGUAUACCACCAAAGGAGAGACACCCGUGCACAAGGCUAUCAAGGAUAUCUAUGACAAGGAAGUCAAGUACAUUGAGGAUAGCUUGAAGGAGCCCAUUUGUAUUAUCGAAGAGGAGCUCGACACUCGAUCCUCGUACAUUCGGACACAAGAGGCAAUCACCGAUUGCCAACUGGGUUUGCGAUUGCGUUCGUCACAAGGCUACGGAAAGGCGGACGGAACGCUUUCGAAUAGUGGGGACAUCCGGGGUGAUCGUGUUUAUUCACCUGGUCGACUGUCUCUGGGUGAUCUCAAGACCAUGUUCCCGUAUAAUGAUUCGGUGGUGGUGAUGGAGGUUGACGGAAAGACGCUCUGGGAAGCGAUGGAGUCGGGAUUGUCCCGUUGGCCUUCGCAAGAAGGGCGUUUUCCAUCCAUCGCUGGGUUCCGCGUUGAGUGGGACAGCCGGAGAGAGCCUGGACAACGUGUGCUUGGGAUCUGGCUACUCGAAGAGUCGAGUCAGCUUACGCCGAACGGAACACCCAUCUUGGUGGACAAGGAGCCUGUAGCGCGGAGUAGCGACAGGAAAUAUUUGAUUGUGACGGGAGAGUACCUUGCGAAUGGAGGAGAUGGCUAUACGAUGCUCAAGGACCAAAAGCUGGUUAUCAAUGCGGAGAAUGGACAACCUAAAAACCAACUAGUCAAGAAGUUUUUGGGAGGUCUUCAAUUGUUGAAUCGGGAUUCGCGGGAGGGUACUAGGACUCUCGAUUCCCUGAAAGCGGGCCAACUCGCUGCAGCAGCGUUUUCGGCAGCCGACCACAAACGCGUUGGACUGCUUGAUCCGUAUGAACGAAGUAGAGCCCAGAAGCAUUUGUCCGAGUGCACGCUUGUUGAAUGCGCCGAGUGUGCGCUGUACGGCCUUUCUCCGCCAUUGGAGGGAGCAGUUGGUGCAGGUAUUUUGGACGCCAAGCAAGAUGUUCUGAGAGCAGCGGGCGACGAAGGCGAAAGAAGUUUGCCCGUUAUUCGACCUUUUGUUGAUGGGAGACUUCGGGAUGUUGCGAAGAUGUGA